UCUCCCAACAUUGGCCCAGGGACACGUCUUACCCUAAACAAACCAACCUCUCCUCACAUCCCCCACUCUGUACUUUCACUAACUAUGCAUUGGCAGAUUCUGCCAAGUUCUACCUGUAACUGGCUUCAUUUUCAAGUCAGAUGUUUGGCAGCUGCUCUAUCCCCUGCAACAAGGAGCCAUGCCAGCUGGACAUACACUUCUUCCAGGACUCCUGGCAGCCAGGACAGAGUUGAGACCACAGCUCUUGAGACCCUGAGCCCUGGGUCUGUGUUCCUCAAGAAGGGCCUCCCCCAGCAAUGACCUCCUCAUUGCUCCUGGCCUUUCUCCUCCUGGCUCCAACCGCAGCGGCCACUCCCAGAGCUGGCGGCCAGUGUCCAGCAUGUGGGGGGCCCACCUUGGACCUGGAGAGCCAGCGGGAGCUGCUUCUUGACCUGGCUAAGAGAAGCAUCUUGGACAAGCUGCACCUCCGCCAGCGCCCAACACUGAACCAUCCUGUGUCCAGAGCUGCUCUGAGGACCGCACUGCAGCGCCUCCACGGGCUCCCACAGGGGGCACUUCCGGAGGACAACAGGGAACAGGAAUGUGAAAUCAUCAGCUUUGCCAAGACAGGCCUCUCCACCAUCAACCAGACUCGUCUUGAUUUUCACUUCUCCUCUGAUAGAACUGCUGGUGGCAUGGAGGUCCAGCAGGCAAGCCUCAUGUUCUUUGUGCAGCUCCCUUCCAAUACCACUUGGACCUUGAAAUUGAGGGUCCUUGUGCUGAGUCCAUAUAACACCAACCUCACCUUGGCUACUCAGUAUCUGCUGGAGGUGAAUGCCAGUGGCUGGCAUCAGCUCCUUCUGGGACCUGAAGCUCAAGCUGCCUGCAGCCAGGGGCACCUGACGCUGGAGCUGGUACCUGAAGACCAGGUAGCCCGGAGCUCAGUCAUCCUGGGUGGAGCUGCCCAUAGGCCUUUUGUGGCAGCCCGAGUGAGAGUUGGGGGCAAACACCGGAUUCGCCGACGGGGCAUCGACUGCCAAGGAGGGUCCAGGAUGUGCUGUCGACAAGAGUUUUUUGUGGACUUCCGUGAGAUUGGCUGGCACGACUGGAUCAUCCAGCCUGAGGGCUACGCCAUGAACUUCUGCAUAGGGCAGUGCCCGCUACACAUAGCAGGCAUGCCUGGUAUUGCUGCCUCCUUUCACACUGCCGUGCUCAAUCUUCUCAAGGCCAACACAGCUGCAGGCACCACUGGAGGGGGCUCAUGCUGUGUGCCCACAUCCCGGCGCCCCCUGUCUCUGCUCUACUAUGACAGGGACAGCAACAUUGUCAAGACUGACAUACCUGACAUGGUUGUAGAGGCCUGUGGGUGCAGUUAGUCUAUGUGUCGUGUGGGCAGCCCAAGGUGGCGUGGGCAAACAUGCCCCCACAGAAGUGCACUUCCUUGAGAGGAGGGAAUGACCCCAUUCUCUGUCCAGAAUGUGGACUCCCUCUUCCUAGCAUCUUAUGGAAAUUACCCCACCUUUGACUUGAAGAGACCUUCAUCUAAA